AUGGAAACUCUGGAUGCUGAUAGUAGGGAAAGCAUCGGUUUAACCUCGAUCAACCACAUGGAUGCCGGCAGAGUCAAGCGCAAAGAGGUGGAGUAUCAGAGAAAACACCCCGCUGCCAUACCCAACCCAUUGCACAUUUAG